CGCAGAGCGGUUGGGUGUGAGGCCCCUCCCUCCCUGACCGCCUUCCGUGGCAGCGGGCAAGGGGCUGGGAGGGUCGGCGCCGCCAUGCGAUUUCGGGCUAAGAUUGUGGAUCUCGCCUGCCUCAAUCACUUCAGCCGUGAGUGUAAUUAACACAAUCGCCAAGUUAGCCAAGACCUGCAUCCUGCGCCUUACCGUCUGCAAGCUGUAUUUCAUCCUCUCCGAUAAAGUAGCAAAUGGAGGCGCCAGUAUGUGGUGUGAGCUGAGCCAGGGGAACUUCUUUGAUGAAUUUCAGAUGGAAGGAGUAGCUGCAGAGCACAAUGAAAUCUAUUUAGAGUUUGUGCCUGAGAACCUGUGGAGAGCAUUAAAAACUGCCCAGAGUGCUAAGGCAGUGAAGAUCAAGUUGACUAAUAAACACUGUCCCUGUCUCAGCGUUGCUGUGGAGCUACCAUCCUUAUCAAGCAGCAGCAGGAUUGUGACACAUGACAUUCCUGUGGGAGUUAUUCCCAGAAGAAUGUGGAAUGACUUCAGAGAGCCCAGUGUGCCAGACUUUGAUGUCAGUAUUUACCUACCAGUGCUGAAAACAAUGAAGAGUGUUGUGGAAAGAAUGAAGAAUCUCAGCAAUUUCAUUGUGAUUGAAGCAAACUUGAGUGGUGAAAUGAACUUGAAAAUAGAAACUGACUUAGUAUCAGUAACAACACAUUUUAAAGACCUGGGAAAUCCUCCCUGGGCAUCAGAGGAUGGAUGUCAAAGUUCUGCUCAAGGCAGAGAUCUGGAAAGUAUGGCUGAAGCAUGCAUAGACAUCAAGAAGCUGCAGCAGCUGCUUGCUGGACAGCAGGUCAAUCCUACAAAAGCAUUGUGCAAUAUUGUACGUAAGAGAAUUGUCCAUUUCAUCUUGCUCCAUGAGGAGGUCUCACUUCAGUAUUUUAUUCCAGCAAUUGCCUGAGUGUUUUGGAAUCUUGGUCAUUUUCCAACCUGAGGCCUCUUUCAUGAAGUCUGAAAUCUUUCCUGAGUUGCUGGAGUAUUUUGAUGUGAGACACUGUUAGACGCAUCCAUCAGAUGGACAUUAUUUCAAUAUUUAUGAAAGUGUUCAAAAUACCUCCUCAUCCAGACAGCCAUGUUUGUGAAUAGUUAUAUGCUAUGAAAGACACAAUGCUGGGGAGCGUUGGUAUGUCUUACUCUUAGGAGGAGCAAAACUAAAAUUUGUCUUAGCCACAGCUCAAAACAUCCCAAAAGCACACUGAAUUAAAUACUUCAGUCUUCUCAAAAAACUAAAGGUAGAAUUCACCUCUGGAGCUGCUGUUGUGUGUAUUCAGUAUUGAGCAAUGCAAUCCUAGUUAAGGGAUCUCUGAGCAAGCUAUCAUACCUCCAUGAAACAGGAGAACCUUCUGGAGGGUUGCCUGAUUGGUAUUUGCCUGGACAAGUAUGCACAGCCCUCCUGAAGUGGUAUGGAAUUGAAUUCUGUUCUUUUGACUCGUGCUUACUCUUUGUUUAACUCUUGGCCUGGGAGGAUGAGCAAAACAAUAUGGAUUACUUUGUUAAUGUGAGCAGUGAAAAUCACUAUGUACAGAAUGAAUAUCAUAUGAGGACAUGUGUGAGCACAGCAGUUGGUGUGAAAUAAAGAGCCAGUUAUCUGUGGAUCACAUCUUUUCCCUUUCCAGUUAGAAAACAUUUUUGUACAACCUUUGUCGUCAUGGUGUCAGACAUGGUAAGAUUGUGUGUAGGCUCUCAUGCCAAGCAGCCAAGAGGAUGACUGAAUUUCACUCAUAGGAGUACUGCCCCUGCUUCUACCUCCUGGUUAUUUUCUGAGCUCUUUUCCGCCUUAUUCCAUGUGUGAUUUAUUUGUUACCCUGGCAUGUUCCAUACAGCUUUUGAUUGUUUUAGUGAUUGAGUCUGUGCUGCCAAGUGAGACUGGGAGUUUCUUCCAGAAAGUAGCUUGUCAUGGUCAGAAGUGCUGGGUUUUUGAUGGUUUGGGUUUUUUUCAAGGGGCACUGACAUUAAGGGAGCAAUGAAUCUUUUGUCCAUGGAGAUGCAAAUGCUCAAGAGAAGGCUGAAGGAGAGGCAGUGGCAAUGAGAAGGUAGAAUAGACUUGCAGUGAUGAGUGUGUUGACUGACUGUUUAUAGACCUUUUUACCCAUUCCCUCUUUCUUCCUCCCUGCUCUCUCCUGCCCUGCACAUUGCCUCAUCAGUUGUCAUAUUUCCACCCACUGUGAUAAAUAAAUGCAUGAAGGAUUUCCAGUGCACUUGGCUUGUCUGAUAGAAGCUUAAAUUCUAGCCUUCUUAUUAAUGCAGGGACACCUUUAUGCCAGGGAAACAAACUAUGUUAGUGUGUGUGGGCUAGUGCCAUAAAUGUUUGGUUCCUCUUUGUUUAGACUGAUAUGAUGCAUGUGUUCAACUCUUACUUACAUAAUAAUUAAUCUUCCACUUUGUGAUGUACUAUUCAUGACAAUCUGAAGCACAAUUUGUUGCAGUUCACUAAAGGACUGUUGGACUUUCUGACUUUUCAUAUCAGAUCAUCAGCUAAUUAGUUAGGGUUUUUUAACAUUUAACAGAUUUAUAUUUUAUGAACUUUAAUGGUUUACUGUCAUAGCUAUGGAAGAAGCCAAAUUGGAGAUGAUUGCCUUCUACAAUGGGAUAACUGGCUGGACAAAUGAAGGGAGAACAGUGAAUGUGGUCUUCUUGGGCUUCACCCAGGCUUUUGACACUGUCUGCCUUGGCAUUCUGAUAGGCAAGCUCAGGAAGUGUGAGCUGGAUGAGCAGAUGGUGAGGUAGAUUGAGAACAGGCUGUAUGGCAGGUCUCAGAGGGUUCUGAUCAGUGGUACAGGGUCUAGCUGGAGGGCUGUGGUGUCCCCCAGGUGUAAGUAUUGGAUUCAGAAGUGGCCAAUACCACAGAAUGUUGUGCUGCCAUUAGAAGAAUCUCAACAAGUUGGAGACUUGUUCAGAGAAGAACCUUCUGAAAUUCAUCAAAGUCAAGAGGAGGGUCCUGCACCUGGGGAAAAAGAACUGCAUGUACUUGUGGCAGAGAGCCACUGAUAUCGUGGCGGUGCAUUAGGGAAUGGGGCCAGGAGGUCAUAAGAAGUGAUCCUGCUGCUCUACUCAGCCCUGGUGAGUCUGCAUCUGCAGUGCUGUGACCUGUCCUGAGCUCCUCAGUGCAAAGGAGACAAGGGAGCUCCUUUGUGUAAAGGAGCAAGUCCAGAGGAAGGCAAUGAAGAUGAGGAGAUUACUGCAGCACCUCAUUCAUGAGGAGAGCCUGAGGGAGCUGGGACUGUUUAGCCUGGAGGAGAGCAGACUGAAAAGGGAUUUUAUCAACGUCUGAAGUAUUUGAAGGGAGGACAUCAAGAGGUAGGACCAAGGCUCUUGCUCAUGAACAACAGGAUGAGAAGAACUGGUCAGAAAUUGGAACACAGGAAGUUUCACCUCAACAUGGAAAGGAACUUCUUUUGAGCACUGGACUAGGUUGUCCAGAGAGGUUAUGGAGACUACUUCCCUGGGGAUAUUCAAAAGCCAUCAGGACAUGUUCCUGAUUAAUAUGCUGUAGGGAACCCUGUGUGAGCAGAGAGAUUGAGCUAGGUGUCCCACUGUGGUCUCUUACAACCUUACCCAUUCUGUGAUUCUGUGAUCCCUGCAAAGCUCGUCUCCCCCAGAGAUCAUUUGGAUUUGUGGAGUCAGACAUUCAAGAGCAUUUUGGACAGGAGGGAUGCAUUCCGUAGUGUAGAAGUAGGAGACCUGCAGCAUGUGCAACAUAUUCUUUGCUUCAUUCUAGUCUGCAGAUACCUUUUUUCCAAUCAUACUUGGGAAAAAUGUUUAAGAAAGCAGAGAUAAGGAAGACCAUUGUGAUUCAUUAAAUCUCCACCAUAGAGUGUGUCAGCCAUGAUGGCUCCAAGUCUUUCCAGAAAUAAUUCAAAGUCUCCUGUAUCUGCAACUGAUGCUGUUAAAGGCAAUUUUGUAUUGGUUUUGGUUUCUCAGAGAAGAGUACUCUUUUCUGUAUGCCUUAUAGUCUUUCUGUCUCUGGGAGAUAGGCAAGAGGUUUUAAACUUACUCUAUAUGUAUCAUGUAUUGUGUCUUCAGUUUCUGUGAGCGAGCUUCCAUUCUGAGUCUUUGAACAUUUCCCCUUACUUGCAAAUUCACCAAGUCCUUCAGGUUAAAGACUCACUGCUUGAAAAUCUGUAAGUUUCCAUGACUGAAAUUACAGUUGGCUUCAGAUGGACAGCACAGAAGGUAAUUGUCCUACAGGGACUUUAUGGUGCUUGUAUCCCCAGUUGUCUGUUCUGUUUAUGGUGGAUUUUAAGUUUGCAUCUUUAAGACUGGUUCCAAGAGUGAAUCUGAGGAGAGAAGAAGCAUGCAAUUUGUUUUCAUAAACUGCACUUGCUCCUGCGCAUUCCUUGCUUUCUCUCAGUGCGUGUUGUCCUCAGCAUGGACAGGGAGCGGGAGAAAGUUCUCCUUUGCUUUUAGUUAGUUUUUAGCUAGCUGAGGCAGAGAAGUCCCCCAGAUGGUGGCUUUUCUUUUUCUUGGAACUGAUUGGCCCUGCUCUGGAUUGAAAACCCAAAAAACCACCAGGAGUUUGUGCCUGUGACCCACUGGGGCCCAGGAUGCAGCAUUUUCCAACUCAGGAGGGACUGAUAAGAGACUGAGUGAGCCAAACUACACCCCAUGACAAGGACUUUCUGAAUUUGCCAUAUUUUCAGAACAGUGAGAAGUUUUAUUUUUUAAUAUUCUUCUUUUUUUUUUAAUGCUCAUGAAUACUUGGCAGUUUUUUCCACUUUUCUCCAAAAAAAUCUUUCCCCAAACCAGUUGUGAGAGGAGCUGCUUGAAUUUGGUUUCUAGAAAAGACCACUUUAAAAGUUUCCUCCCUAAUUUGUCCCAAACCAGGACAAUAGUGAAGGCAGAUGGAAGAUAGGCACACUAGAGGGGAAAUGAAUGAUUAACUCCCUCAAGUAUGGUAUAUGUUGCUAGAGUUGUUAAUAUUUUAAUAUGACAUGGCCACAAAGUUAUUUCCUUCAUUCUGCAAUAGCCUGAGAGUUGCAAGGCAUGAAUAUAUUUACAGAGAGGGGAGAGGAGGCUGCAGAGACCCUAUUCACUUGGAUUUUUCUUUUACACAAAACCACUUUGUCACAACUAGACCAGUUGACAAAUGAACUUUUAUUUGGUUCAGUUGCACUGGUAGAAUGGAAAUCUCCUUGCACGCAGACAGGAAUGCUCCCUGUGAUCACCACCAUUGUAGGCUUGAAGUACAGAAAAGUGAUCCCUCCCUGUAGUUUUUUUACGUCCUCAAACUCAAAACAUCUGUACAAUAUAUGUGUAGGGUGUUGGUUUUUCAAAGGACUUCAAUGCAUUAUAUUUUCUAGCCCAGUUAAAACAUGCUUAUGAAGUCCACUGAUUUUAAUAAGAAUUAAGGAAAACUUCAAGUUAAGGAUGAAUUUAUUGCUAGUCUGGAUAUUUUAGCCAUUAAGAUCCACCACAGAAAUGCACCAUAAUUUUUGACAUUUCCCUCAUUUUUUUAACUGCAAACCAGACACACUUGACUAAAUGAAUGUUACCACAUGUUGAUGACACUUUUGUAAAGAGGCUUCAAAAGAUUAAUAAAAUAUUGGAAAUAGUUUUAUUUCAUUAUUAAGGUAUAGAAGGAUUGUUGUUGUAAUGCCAAAGAUAAAAUCCCAUUGAAGUAGAAAGAAGUAUGUUCUACUGGUGUUCUUCUCCAGCUUUAGGCCAACAUGUCACUAUUUUUAAGAUCCACAGUCCAGCUCCAAAAAAACCGCAACCAACCAACCAAACAUGCAACAUCCUGCAGCUUCUGUCCAUGCAGAAAGUUUUGUGUACUAUGUUUGUUCUAUACUAUUGCAAUCCUGUCAGUGAAAUAGUUAAUCACAAUUUUCUCACUGCUAAAUUAAAUCAGAGAUCUUUGUUAUGCAGUGAGUUAGAGUGAGUGUGAAUGUUAUCUUCCUAUUGCUGGCAAUUGUUACAUUUGUAGAAUUCAGUAAAUCACUUCCUGGACAAUGGAAGGAAGUAGCUGUUAAAACCUGGGAGAAAACUCCUCUUCUAAAAACUGAUUUGUGCUAGCAAGACCAAGCCAGCAGAGGAACUCUUUAAAACAUUUAAAACAUCUAAAUUACAAUCCCCCCACCCCACUCCCAAAACCAGGAGGCAUUUCACAUGCUGGUUGUAUAAUUUGGUGAUUCUCUAUUGCAUUCCUUGAUCGUCAGUUGACUUUCAUCUAUGGAUAGGUUUGUUUUCUGAUGAACUGUCCAUAUACUGGAAGGAACUCUGAGAGUUUUUGUUUGGAUUUUUCCCCCGACUGUAUGCAGUAGCCAUACAGUUAAUAGGAAGGAAAACAAUAUCUGAAAAAAAAACCCCAACCAAACAAGCUUCUUACUCUCACAUUCUUGUAUGUCCUUUUAUGUAGCAUUACAAGUCUCAUACUUCUGCCUGAUUUUUAAAUGCUCAAAUGUCUGUCAUUAUGACAAAUGCUGUGCCAUAAUUUAUAAUGGCAUUAUUUGCCAUGUCUUUUUUUUCCCCACAGUUAAUUGUCAUGGUUUUAAAUACCAGAUUUAUUUCUACUUAAAUGGAAUAACAGAAUCAUGAAGUUUUUAAGGUUGGCAAAGACCUCUAAGAUCAUGGAAUCCAACUAUUAACCUAUCACUGCCAUAUUCACCACUAAAUUACAUCCCCAAGUACCACAUCCACGCAUCUUUUGAACACUUCCAGGGAUGGUGAUCUCUCACUUCCUUGGGCAGCCUAUUCAGUGAAGAGAUUUUUGCUAAUAUCCAAUCCAAAGCUCCCCAGUGCAACUUGAGGCCAUUUCCUCUCAUCCUGUCACUUGCUACCUGGGAGAUGAGACCAACGCCUACAUGGCUACAACCUCCUUUUGGUAGUUGUAGACAGUGGUAAGCUGCCCCAGAGCUUACCUUCUCCAGGCUAAAUACCCCAGCUCCUUCAGCCAUUCUUCAUAGGACUUGUGCUCCACACACUUCACCAGUUUUGUUGCCCUUCUCUAGACAUGCUCCAGCACCUCGAUGUCUUUUUUUGUAGUGAGGAGCCCAGAACUGGACACAUGAUGAGAGUACUCUGUGUACUGAUGGAUGAUAACUGCCCUAGUGCUGCUGGCCACAUUAUUUCUGGUACAGGCUAGAAUGCCAUUGACCUUCUUGGCCCCCUGGGCACAAUCUGGCUUGUGUUCAGCUGCUGUUGAGCCACACCUGCAGGGCCUUUUCCACUGGUCAGCUUUUCCAGCAACUGUCUUCACAUUCUGCAUAGGGUUGUUGUUACCCAAGUGGUGGACCUGGCACUUGAACUUGUUGAUCCUCAUACAAUCCAAUUUCUGGCAUAAAGUGUGUGCUUGCAUUUAAUUAAAGUAAUCCAGCUUUUUAACACAGAGACCAUCUCAGUAUAGGCAAAAUUUUUUUCCUGAGUUCAUAAAGUGUAUGUUAGUCCGA